AUAUAAUUUACUAUGUGAUAAAAAUACAAAUGAGGUAUAUAUAUAUUACAUACAUAUCAUAUCAGCAGUGCUUCAUGUCCUAAAAUUACCCGUGCGUGUUUGUAUUAGUAUAUUAACAAAGCGCAGCAACAAAUAUUGUAUUAUUUGAAAUUAAAAUUAAUCAUUCAGACCUCAAGAGGUUAACACUAUUAAUGAAAGCCUUCUUUAUUUGAGGCUUCCAAAGGAAAGACUUCUCGAAAAAAACACAGAUAAAUUAUGGCGUCUAAACUAUGCUACAGAUUUAACACGAAUGUAUGAAGAUUAUACAAUAUGUCAAAGUAUGAGCAUGAAUUCGUGCCAUUGCAAUCGAAAGAUUAUCACCGCACCCACUUGAGGCAGAUGUUCACUUGGCUUAUGGCAAGCAACACGUCCAAAUCGGAGCUGAGAAUUGUCUCAUCCAGGGCAACCUUCUCGAUAAUCCGUCUCAGCCCAGUAACUGAAGUUGCUAUAUGCAGUUAUAACUUGAAGAGACAACUUUACAACUUAUUCCCUGCGAUAAAUGACUCAAUUGCUUUAGAGUACUCGGAAACUUACGCUUUGUGCAAUUAGAUAUGGAAAUAACAUAUCUGAAAACAUGGAUAUUCUUCGCAAUGAUUGUUCGCCAAUUCAUAGAUGGGGCAGAAGAAUACUUUAUCGCACCGACAGCAUGGUAUUAUAUCAAAUCUCUGGGACAAAAUAUGCUUUUUCUCGGACUUGUCAUGUCUGCUUUCCAAUUUAGUGCACUCCCGUCCAGCCCCAUCCUCGGCGAAUUGGCGGACAGAGUUGGAUACAGUAGAUGUAUUAUUAUCGUCAGCCUGUUUUUGAAGUUUGUUGCAUAUAUAUUGUAUGCAAUUCCAGUCUCGGCAUAUUUUCCACUAAUUGGGAGAAUUUUGGGUGGGCUCACUGAUGGUUCUAUCGGGGUCGUCUAUGGGCAAAUAAUAUUGUACACACCACAGAAACAUCGAACACAAGUGUUCUUAAUAUUGGAUGGAGUGUUCACCGUGGGCACCCUCUUGGGCCCGGCAGUCAGCGUGUUUUUGAUCUUUAAUGUGAAUAUCUUUGGCUGGAAAAUCGACGCUGGUAACUCACCUGGAAUCGUUCUUGCACUUUUAUGGUUGGGAAUGUUUGUAGUCUCUCUGUGGUUUCCCAGUGAGUUUGGAACAACGAAGGUUACAGUUGAUAAUAGUGAUCAAGACCAACAUAUGGUUGUUGAUGGCAAUGAUAAUGAUGGUGGUGGUGGUGAUGGGCAUGAUAAUGAUGGUGGUGGUGGUGACGGGCAUAAACGCGUUGAUUGUAGUGAUGGUCAGGAUCACAAUGAAGAUGAUUGCAUUCUUCCGGCUACAAAAGAUGGGGUUAAAUCACAAAAAUAUGGUUCUUACAGUACAAUUUUUCUCAUGUUUUACCUCGUUAUAUUAUGUUUCUUCUACUCUAGUACUGUUACCUUUUACGUUCCCUUGCUUGCGCAAGAACACUUCCACCUACGAUUCAUUCAUGUGAAAAUGCUGUUCUUGGUAAGCUCUGUCUUUUGCAUGGUUCUGUUCCUCGGGUAUUAUAUUGCCGCAAAAUAUUACGAUGAGGCGCAAAUGUUACUUUUUUCAAUGAUGAUGCAGGUAAUUGCAAUAUGGCUGUUAACCUAUAUUGCUUUUAGUUGGAACAGUGGGUUAGGUGCAUACGGUGGUUAUGUUCUCCUCCCUUACAUCUGUCUUGGAAUGCCAUUCUUCUCAUUUUCUUUGUGUUGUUCAGUCUUGUCGUAUAUCACCGAUCCAAAUAAGGCUGCUUUUUAUCAGUCUAUGUCAAUCGCUGCACUUCACUUAGGAAACUUGCUGGGCCGUCUAAUUUCAUCGUACAUUUUCACCGUAACGGAGCUUUUGUGUUUUUGUUUCGGCCAGUUUGUAUGCUGGAUUGUUGGAGCUUUAUGGUUUGCCCUGGAGUUUUCUAACAUACGACGAACGGAGUUUUGAUUUUGCCACGCUUCAGACUUUAGCUACAUGUCUUAUUAUAAUGUUGCAUGCAGUUAUUAUGUUAAAUUAUCGAUAAACAAUGUUAAGAACAAACAAUGGACCUUAAUUUCUAACCUGAAGACUGAACUGCGAAGCAAAGACAAAAAACUGCGUUAACCAUACCGUGCAUGUUAACGUCAUAUAACUAAGUAUUUUUUUCAUUAUUAUUGUGUUAUCUUUUCGAUAGAGUAUUUUUGCAUGAUGCACCUUGUAUUUUGAGAAAUCUUUAUAGUCUUUUUUUGUUUAUACAUACAAUUGAAGUAUAUAUUUUUUUUUCGUACACCAUGUGUCUAGCUAUCUCCUUGUCGCUUACAUUACUGUUAUGUCAAUAACGAAAUGAUUGUUAUUUUUUUAAACGAACAUGAACAUUUUGAUGAAAAUCCGCUGUACAAACCACCGUUUUCCAAAGCAUGCGCAUCUCCCAACUUUAAUCGUUGGAAUUAUAGAGCUAUUAAA